UACACUAGCUAGCUAAGCUAUUCACACUGGCUGGGGCUGGCUGGCUGGCAACUAUCUAAUCUAUCUAUCUGCCGUCCCCUCCUCAAUCCGUCACCUCCCCCCCAUCUGUGUCCAAUCCCUCACUCUCCUCCUCGGAAGAAUCAGAAGAUCCACAUCCUAAGCCCUCCUCGGAGCUCUCCUCGGAGCUCAACACUAGCUCCAUAUUCAUCCAGUUGACGUAGCUUUCAUUAUAACCAUUCCCCUCCACACACCUCCACGACUCAACCACAUCAUAGGCGGACCCCACCUCUCUCUCUGCCUCCCGCAGCAAAGCCCUGAGGGCGUCGCGAGGGCACGGCUCGAUAUACUCCUUUAACGACUCGACGAGCCGGCACUUGCCUGCGAGCGACUCUGUGCUUAUGCGCAGGCUGAUGCUGGCUUUGGCUGGCUUGAUGGACAUGAGCAGAGAUAAGACAGACCGCGCACACCCCUUGCUAAGAAUCUGCCCCUCAUUCGACACGUGCAGCGACUUGACGGCAGGGAAGGCCAGGCCAGGCACGGGCACGUGCGAUGCAUCGGGCAGCUCUUGCUCGCCCAGCCUAAUAUGCAGCUCAUCCAGCUCACGGGCAUGCAGAUACGACACACACUGCGACACGGUGCGAAGGCUCUCUGCAUCACAAAACACCUGACGCACACCCGUCAGGCUGCCCAGCAGCUCCUGCAGCCUGGCGGCCUCAGCACCGGUCGGCAUGCUGUGGUUGUCCGCACUGUCGCGCCACACGUGCGUGUAGCUCGAUAUGCUGAUGCAGAGGUGCUGUAUGUUGGGGAGGUGUGUGUUGUUGCCGUUGUCGUCCUUGGCCACCAGCCACUCGGGGAUGCUGGUGAUGAGCUGGCGGACGGGGGGGAGGGGGUCACCUCGGCGUCUGUCGCGGGGUGGAUGGAUGGAGAGCUUGGUGGCCGUGGGAAACGUCAGCACCGGACCCCAUGUGUCGUGCAGGGGAGCACCGCCGUACACAAACUUGACCUACGACGGGGGCAAGAGAGAGAAGGGCAGACAUGAACCAUUCCACUUAUGCUGGUGUCCCUCUCCCGCACUAACUCACCGCGUCGCAUUCUGUCGUCAGGUCGGUGAUGAGUUGGCCGACAGGUCCGUGCGGGGCCGGAAGUGUAUCGCCUCCCUCCUUGCUGCAGUCGAUGACGAUGUCGUCAAACUGCGGCGGGGUAUCUGUGAGAAUCUUGGAACGCUUGCAUCGGGGGUCGUCCUCACUGCACGACACACACACACACACACGGACACAAAACGCAAUGUGUCGGCUCUGCGCUUCGAUUCCCCCUGCAGGUCUCACUCACCGUGGCAUCAACACGAUUUUGCAUUUGGUCUUCUCGGCCCAGGUGAGCAGGUCCUGCAGGCUGAAGUGGUUGGGGCCGCGCGGUCGGUCAGCUGGCGGCUGAAGUCGGCACCAAACGAGAAGCGAUGGUGAAUGGUGAUGGUCUUCUCCACAUCUGCACAGCACAGAUGACACAUAUGCAGCAAAAAGUGCCUCCCUGUGUGGUGUCAAGCUGCGCGCCCACCUAUCAUGUGUUGGGCGCGCCAGUUGGUGUCGAGUGCCGUGGUGAGGCGGCCCAGCGAAUCGUAGAUGCACCCAUUGGGACUGACACACACACACACUCAGGGACGUGGAUGGGUGUCGCAUGCACCCCAUGCGUCUGCCUCCCCGCCUUGCUCACUCCUCUUCGAGGUGGAUGCCGCUGAUGCUUCUGAUGUUGGGGCAACCACUCAGCGAACUGACAUCCACACACAGAUCCACACACCAAGAGAGAAGGAAAGAAAGGUCCGUGUGGUGUGUGAGAGUGAGGUUGGUUGCCUUGUCGUUAAAUGGUAUAUAUACCUCCUUACUUACCGGGUGAAUGCCUGCCACUCGUCCCCUUCUGUGGCAUCGAUGACGUCGGCCUUGAUGGAUGUGAUCGCCCGAGAGGUCGACACGAUGUGGGUGACGGCCGGCAGGUGGGAAAUGCGCCCGUCCAAAAGGCAACGCUCGCCACACACCUUGCCGACACUCAGCACCUCCAGACUCGGAAACAUCCACUUCCAAUCCCUGACACGACAUAUUAACACACAACACAACACAACACACAGAGAGUUGUGUCUGCUCGUCGCGCUUUUGCUGCCCUUCCCUCUUUUCCUUACAUGACUAGGUCUAGGUAGUCUGUAUGUGUGAUGUGUAGCUGCUUGGUCUUCUCAAACACCACCGGCUCCGCCCCCUUCGUAUUGCCGUCUCGGUUCUUGUGGCACUGACGCUUCGGAUCGUCCACACGGAUGUGGGUGAGCGUGGCAUUGGACGCUUCGAUGACCUCCACUGCAGCCUCCAGCACCCACUUGGAGCCUGUGGUCUCUAUGAACGCCGCGUUGAGCUUGCUCUGACACACACACAGACAACACCCACACCCACACACACACACGAAUCCAUUCAUCCAUCCAUCCAUCCACCAUUCUGUCGUCACCACUGCCCAUUCGCCCACCCACCCACGCACCAGUCGUGGUUUGAGUGUGUCUGUGAGUUCGAUCUUGUCCCAGUAGUCGUACUCCUUUUUCAAGAUGGUCAGGUCACGAUACAACCCCGUAUGUGGCGUCGGUGGUCUUCUGAUGCAGCUGCCGGCACACGAGUGAGAGCGGCUUGCGCUCGAGGGUGGUGAGGAAGCCGCCGACUUCAUACACGAUCUCGGCCUCGAGCUGAGCCAACCGAACGCCAGCAACCUUAUCCGGCACACGCAUCCAAUCCCACACAGAAGGAGAGCAGGAGUCAUACAGCCUCUCUGUGUUGUUGCGUCAUCCAUGGCUCACUCACCCGAGCAGCGGCGGCACGCCCACUCCCACCUCGCCCACCGCGGCCCCUUUUGCCACGGGUGGCGAGCUUGAUGUCGUCACAGUGCGUGAGUGAUGGGUGUGGGGGGAGCGAUGCGUCAGAGUUGGAGUCCUCCUCGUCUCUGUCUCUGUCUCGCAUUGACGCGUCGUCUUCGUUGUCUCGGCCUCGGGGUCCCCCUCGCUGUCCGUCGUUGUCGUCUGCUGCUGAUGCUGGCGGGGCGUGCCCGAUGGCGCCGUACUCAAUGAUGUUGGCCUUGAGGGGGUCCUCGCAGUACUGGGGGAGCACUGGGGACACACACACAUGGGUUGGUGCACUCAUUUGCGGCGGGCGGACGUGUGUAUUGGGUACGUCUAGGUGGUGGUGUCGGGUCGGAGGGUUUGUUGCUCUUAUUGCGCUGUGUGUUGUCGAUGAUGAGCAUGGCCAUCUCGAUGCCCGUGAUCUCCUCGGCGUCGCCAUCCUCAUACUCAAUGCUGAACAGACCGCUGGUGCUGUCGUAUCCUGACACAGUACCCUGCACACGCACACAAACACAUGGGCAGAUCGGAUGAUAUGUCGCCUGUUUCUCUCCCUCCCUCCCCCCCUCCCUCCCUCCCUCCCUCCCCCUGUUUCGUACCUGGAAGUAGUAGCUAUUACGCACAUCGUUGCGCGCGUUGAAUUUGCGAUCGAUGACCGACUUGCCCAGAUGCACCCCCAGCAGCGGCACCCACCCGCCACUCUGUCCACACCCGCAGACGCAGCCGACGCACUCCCGGCACCUUUGCCUCGAGGGACCGCUGCCGCCGCCGCCGCAGCUGGUUCUGCUGAGUCAGGCUCUGGUGGUGGUGGUAGGUUCUGCAUGUCCAGUGAGUAGAGCCGUUCGGCGAUGUAGCACUUGUACUUGGUUGUCAUGUUGGGGGGCAGGUCGAUGAGUAGCUCGUCCCCCGGGUUGAGCGCCUUGCCGGGCCUCCGGAGCAGCAACAGGUGCGGCCAGCCGUCACGAUACACCUACACCCAUACCCACACACACACACACACACACGCGGACACAUAGGUGACCACCAACCACAACUCACUCGUUCGUGUGCUGACCGACCGUGCCAAUCUGCACGUUAGAUUUUCGCUACUGCAUGCUCUGCAGCACCGCAGCUGGCUGGAAAUACGCGACGCGGUUCUUGGCCGCGCGGAAGUUGAGCAUCAGGCUGCCGUCCUGUGGCACAGGUGGCCGCUGGAGCCGCUGCUCUGGCUCCGGCUCCGGCUGUGAGUGGGAGCUAGGUGUGUUGCCGUGGGGAGGGGGUGGGGGCGGGAGUGCGUCGUCGACGAAUCGCAGCGGCCAGAUGUGCCGGGGGUCGUUCCAUGCCUCGGGCGUCUGCGGCACCACCUCACCCGUCAGCUCACCCAGCAACGUGAUGCUCUGUGUGCACGACAAACCAAACCAACAGCCACAGCCACACACAAAAGACACAGAUCAUCAUUCCAUCUAUGGAGUGCCCUCCCCCCCCCCCUCCCGCCUCCCUCUCUGACUUUGUCUGAGGCACCCUUCGGCUCGCCCCGGUAGACGCACACGAAGGCCGAAUCGUCUGCCGUAAGACCUGCACGCUUCGGGUGCUUUGGGUCGGUGACCCGCUGUAGCUCAAGUGUGGCAUUCUCCUGGCUGGCGGCGUCCUCUAAGAUGCGCACGAGGUUGGGGUACCACUGCAGCGCCCUCGACGAGGUGAAGUAGUGGGGGGACGCCCCGACCUUGCCGCAGUAGUCUGCCAGCUGGUUCUUGAUGGACGGGUCGCGGCAAAGCUGGUGGCCGGCGUACUCCGCCUGGUCAAUUCGCAAUGCGUCCUCUAGCGCAACUGCUGAAUCAGAUGUCAUGAGUGCAGGCAGGGCAGAUGCGAUUCACACCCCAUGCAGCAAACACAGAAGAUGACGCAUAGCACCGUCUGGCCUGCUGUUUCUUUCAGCCCGCUUACAGGAAUGCAUUAUUGCUGGAGGACCCUCUCGUCCAUCAGGCCGCUGCGUUUCGUCUCGUGAGCCCUCUGAUGGCGGCCGGCCGACGGACGGCACGGCAGGGCAGGGCAGGGCACGUAUGUCGUCAGCAAAACAGCAGAUCUGGGUGAGGCGCCAGCUCACCUUUCUCGUCCAUCUCGCCGGUCAGCAGAUCUUUUACCACUGCU